AUGGAGAAGAACCCCUGUACUCCAGCAGAGAUACGCCACACUCGAAAGGAGACUUUGGUUCCACCUUCCCGGGAGGAGAGGGGCGCCGCAGUCUGGGUGAACACGCACGUCCCAGCUGCUGCUGCCGGGCGGUGGCAGGAAAUGGACAAAUGGACAAAUGGACAGGACAUGGACAUGGACAGGGGGAGGAGAAAUGACUGA